CCGCGGCGGCAGCAGGCGAGCCGCGGCCCCGCGAGGCCAUGAAGGUGAAGAAGGGCGGCGGCGGGGCCGGGACGGGAGCGGAGCACGCUCCAGGGGCCUCGGGCCCGAACGUGGAGCCCAAGCCGGAGCUGCAGGCGGAAUCCGAAUCCGGGUCCGAGUCGGAGCCAGAGGCAGGCCUGGGGCCCAGGCCGGGGCCGCUGCAGAGGAAGCAGCCGAUCGGGCCGGAGGACGUGUUGGGGCUGCAGCGGAUCACGGGCGACUACCUGUGCUCCCCCGAGGAGAAUAUCUACAAGAUUGACUUCGUCAGGUUCAAGAUUCGGGACAUGGACUCAGGCACUGUCCUCUUUGAAAUCAAGAAGCCGCCAGCUUCAGAGCGGCUGCCCAUCAACCCGCGGGACCUGGACCCCAAUGCUGGGCGCUUUGUCCGCUACCAGUUCACGCCUGCCUUCCUCCGCCUGAGGCAGGUGGGAGCCACGGUGGAGUUCACAGUGGGAGACAAGCCUGUCAACAACUUCCGCAUGAUUGAGAGGCACUACUUCCGCAACCAGCUGCUCAAAAGCUUCGACUUCCACUUUGGCUUCUGCAUCCCCAGCAGCAAGAACACCUGCGAGCACAUCUACGACUUCCCUGCUCUCUCUGAGGAGCUGAUCAACGAGAUGAUCCGUCACCCGUAUGAGACACAGUCCGACAGCUUCUACUUCGUGGAUGACCGGCUGGUGAUGCACAACAAAGCUGACUAUUCCUACAGCGGGACGCCCUGACUCCCCAAGCCACCCCCUACCUCAGGAGGCUCCUGGGCCCACAGCCGUGACCACCCCAACACUCACCUCUCAACCCCGGGUCUUCUGUCCAAGGAGUAUUGCCGAAGCCCUGAGC